AUGCCGUACAAAUGCAAUCUCUGCGUAGGUUAUUCUGCGAUGAAUUUCCCAGUGCUCCUUAAUCACUUGGGUCGUUGCCACCGUUCGGACCAGUGUUUCCAUAUUCUUUGUGGAAUUGAUGGGUGCUCGAGGACUUACAGGAGCUAUAAUGCAUUUCGCAAUCACAUUAAAAAGAAUCAUAAAGAAAUCUUAAAUGCGGAUGGCUGUAAUCAAGACAAUGAAAACUGUGAAGAAUUGGAAAAUCCACCUGCUGUAGUUGAUGAUAUAAACAUGGAAAUAGAUGAGGGCUGCGGACAUCUACAGUUUGGUGCCCUGUGCGAAGAGGAUAGUAUGCGACGAGUGAAUGCUCUAUCUAUGAUGAAAAUUAGAGAAGAAGGAAAAUUGACCCAGAAAAGUUUAAACAUAGUGGUAGAUACAUCAACCGAGAUAGUACGAAGAACCACAUGCAUGAUAAAGACUGGAGUUGAUAAUAGCUUGAAAGCAGUUGGUGUUGACAUGAGUACAGUUCCUGGUUUAAACGAACUCUUUAAUGAAGAUAGUUUGGCAAAUAAUCCAUUUAAGGGUAUUGCAACGGAGUCAGAACAAUGUCAAUAUUAUCGUGAGCAUUUCAAGCUAGUGGAACCAAAGUGCACAGUACUUGGGGAAAGGCAUGUACAAGCCCGGAGAGGAAGUAAAAUGAAGUCUGUUAGGAAAACUGACCAAGUGUGUUAUGUCCCUUUCCUUGAGAGUUUAGAACAACUUCUCAACAAUGAUUCAGUGAUGUUUGAUGUUAAACAUCCACACAAAAGUACUGGAAAUCUUUUGUGUGACUACUGUGAUGGAGAUGAUUUUGUAAAUCAUCCACUAUUCUCGCAAGAUCCUUAUGCUUUACAAAUUUUACUAUACUUUGACGAGGUUGAAAUAUGUAAUCCUCUAGGAUCUAAAGCAAAUAAGCACAAAUUAGGUGCUUUCUACUAUACAUUAGGAAACAUUAGACCAGAAAAACGCUCUCAUCUGAAUGCAAUACAGCUACUUGCUCUUGUACCCAGUCCUCACCUAAAGACAUAUGGACCUGAUGAUGUGCUGGCACCAUUUAUGGAGGAUCUGUCUCUUCUUGAACAGGAUGAUGGAUACGAGUUCAGCAUAAAUGGGAAUUCCGUGGUACAAUUGCGUUUUUCUCUGGUGAUAACCUUGGGUCUCAGUUUCUUGGUGGGUUUAAAGAAGGAUCACAAGCCCACAGGAGAUGCCGGGAGUGCAUGGGUGUUUCAUGAAAAGGGAUUUAUUCUCAGGACCCGUGGAAGCUAUGAUCAGCAAUGUGCGCACAUUUUGCGUGAUGACUACUACAGCUAUGCCUAUGAAAUAAAUAGAUCGUCACCAUUGAAUUCUUCAAGGUAUUUUCAUGUCAUAGGAGGGCUCCCAGGGGAUGCUAUGCACGAUGUCUUGGAAGGCGUUCUGCAAUACGAGGUCAAGGAACUUCUCAACGAACUGAUUAAUGUAAAGAAACUUCUUACACUCAAAGAGCUUAAUAGACGGUUAGCUGAAUUUGAUUAUGGAUACUAUAACGAUGCAAACAAACCCAGUCCUAUCAACGAAAAACGGCUAUCAUCUCCUGAUCACAGCUUAAAGCAACAUGCUGCCCAAAUGUGGUGCCUAGCCAGAUUUUUGCCAAUGCUUCUUGGAACAUUAGUUCCAGAUGACGAUGAACACUGGAUUUUAUUUGGAAAGCUGUUAACAAUAACAUACACUGUGUUUUCAACAUGUAUAAGCAUAAAUCAAGCAGCAUAUUUGCAAGUUCUCAUUGACGAGCACCACAGAGGUUUUGCACGUUUAUAUCCUGGACGAGCAAUUAUUCCAAAAAUGCACUACAUGAUCCAUAUACCACGCACUAUUAUAAGAUUGGGGCUGUUAGUCCGUUCAUGGUGUAUGAGAUACGAGGCGAAGCAUAGUUAUUUCAAGCAGUUAGCAUUGAUAAUUAGAAACUUCACCAACAUGCCACUGACUUUAGCAAAGAGACAUCAGCACUUGAUCUGUUAUCGGCUUCAAGAUGAGUGUAGUGGCUUGAGUACAUUCAUGGAUAAAGGUGUAGAUACUGGACCAGGAAAGACAAUAUAUGCUGGUGAUUCUGAACAUUUCAGAAUUUUACAACAAGGAGAUGCAAGUAUUAAGCAGGAUACCAGAAUUACAGAAUCACGAUGGGUUACUGUAGGUGGAACAAAAUAUAAGGUUGGGUGCUAUUUACAAACCGAAGUUGAAGAUGAUGAGUUAUCAUUUGUACUCGUAAACAAAAUUAUUGUCUUCAGUCAUAAUCUGAAGGAAGUUAAUUUUAUUGUAAGUAAAUUGGAAACUACAGGAUGGAAUGACCACUUCCAAGCGUAUGAAGUUGAAUUGGAUGCGAGUAGAAAUAUGAGUAUUGUUAAGCAUUCGCAACUUUCGUAUGUUAUACCUCUUCAUAAUUCUAAACCAUUAGGUUUACAAUCAAGGACAAUAUAUUUAGCUCCAAGGUACGUUGUGGCAGAAUAG